UGGCAAGAACAUAUAUACUUUAUGGGGUCGGAAACGAUUCGUUCUACCUGUAACAUACUUUCCGACGUAUCUGGUAUACCCUUUUACCAGAGACCAUAGAAUACUUCUUAUUACUUAUAGUAUCAUUGUUUUUACUCUACGACUAACGGGUGCAAUUGCAAAUACCUCAACAUAUCCACAGGAAGCAACAACAGUUUCGAAGGUGCGAGUUUCGUCGAUAUGUUUGGCUUUUCCGCUUCACAAAUCGUGACGUUAAUGCUAACGAAACGGGUUCGAGAAAAGUACCAUCCAAAGUUUUAAAAUAAAGACUGAGCCCACUUCUUAAACAAAAAUAUGAUUUGGUUGGUGUUGUGAAUCGGUAACGCCAACAAACUUGCGUAAAGUCAGACAAUUGAAACUUGGGAAAAUCGGCUAUGCUUUACCCUUUUGUUUGCCCUAGGUAAUGGACAGUUUGAGUUCCUUUUCACAUAUAUUUCCUCACAUUUGUAUAUCCCUACUUAGAUAAAAAAAUAAGGGUCCUUCCCAAUAUUGACUCUUGGUGGUUAGGUCUUAUGUAUUACACCUGUGGAUUGCCUUGAUUUCGUAUUGAGCCAAAACUUACAGACAUGUUGAAGUUUAUAAAAAGUGCUCUAUGAAAUUCGAAGACCCCAUAUUCACAAACGUAGUAGAUCAUAGGAUUGCACCUGUCACGGGCUGGAGGUAUAUUUAUUAUGAAAUUGGUUAGCUGAUAGUUGGAUUUAAAUUAAAGGCAAUUUGCAAUGCAACACUCUUCUGCGAUUUUAUCGAUUUUUAUUGGUAUACCCUCUGCGAAGAAGAAGAAAAUAACAUUUAUUCUGUAACAUUUUUGUUUUUUCCUUGACUGCAUUCCACUUUAUCAAGACCCGAAAAUUCGGCAUUAGCUAAUUACAGAUUUUAUUUUUUUUUGUCAUUUAUGCCACAGCCUGAAAUAGACCUCGAUAGCUGCCCAGGAGUGUACUUUAAGUUGGGAAAGCUUUCGAUUAAGACUCUUUAAGAAUGUAGCGUUGCCCAGGACAACUAGCUUGUGCCCAAUCAAUGGAAAAAUAAAUAAAACGAAACUUCGUUGUGGAGCAAGCCCAGGAAUUCGGGUUUACUACGCCAGUCAUACAAAAGAAAUACCGAGUCAUCUACUCUGUGUGCCAGUUUAAGUUUGACCCCGUAGGUUUGAGCCUCUAAUCUUGAUGGGUGAUUAGUUCCGCAGCCAUAAUGGCACCCAAACGGAAGCGUCGCGGGUGCAGCGAGGCGCGGCCCAGAAGCAAAUCCAAAGACCAGUCGGAGGCGAAGCACUUGCAACUACUCGACGAGCUGGAUUUGGCGGACAGCUGCUGCGAAAUCUGCCACUGCGACUGCUACAGCUCCCACAGCAGCAGUUCUGUGAGUGGGCGCGGCAAUCGAGGGCAGAAAAGCGUGAAGGAGUUGGUGCAACUGGACAAGGAGAUUCAGGCCUUGGACCAAUUACAACGACGGGAGAGUGGCAAGUGCAAAAGAAGUAUUAGCAGCCAAAGCCUCAGGAGUGCUUCCAAAUCCCCAACGGAGGGGAAGUCCUCCCGCAGCAGGCAGGGAUCUUCUGAUUGCCAGAAAGGCCACUCAGGUUCGGGCAGAAGUCGGCGGUCAAGAAGCGCCGGUAGCCGUGACAGUGAGUCCUGGAAAAAGCUCUUGCAGGACAAAACAGAACCCAUUCCUCAGGAACGGCGACGACACAUUGGUCAAAAAGAUUGCAGGAUGCUUAAACUUUAUUUAGGCGUACCGACGGACGCCCCCGCUCUAUCGAUUAUUGGACGUGCUAAGUCAAAGUCGCAUGACAAUAUAGCUCUGGUUUCAAGCCAACCGAGAGCCAAGAAGAGUUCGCUGUGCACAUCGAUGGCCAACUUGUGCCUUGCGCCAACGGUGCGAGCCGCCUUCCAGCAGGUGCCGAGCCACGACCAGAAGAUCCUUAAUUGCAUGGCGGGAAAGCGAAGCCAGCAGGCCGCCGACAAGGAGACGUCCUGGCUAGCGCGCAAAUUCUGGGAAAACGAACGACUGGAGCGGCAGCUUCUUCGUGUGGAGCAGUUGGAGGCGUACAAGCAGGCGAUUCAUGAUAAACAGUUCCAGGACUACCUGGUAACGAAGGCCCGCCUGCAAGCUCUGGCUGAAAGGGAUAUGGCGGAACUAAAGCGAUUGCGUGGGGCGCUCCACGCCAAGGACGCUGCGGCCAAAAAGCGUCUGGAAGCCAGGCGACUAGAACGUGAUCUUAAUUUCUGUCAGCGUCGGAGCGAGGAGUUGCGCCGCAGUGAGGCCGUCACUGUUCACCAGGAAGAGCAGCACUUGGACGAAACGUUGCGCAGGCGUGACAUAUGCAUGAGGCUUACGCAAAAGCUUCGUCGGGCGGGCGAGUUGCGGGACCAGUUUCUGGAGGCGUAUCUGAAGCGGAUGCAGCACGACAACUUUCUUGAGCAGGCACACCACGAGGAGCAAUGGCGGGAGCGGCAGCAAAAAGAACGAUUGCGCCGGGAUCAGCUGCGCGAGGACAUCGAGCGCAAGCGGCAUCAGUCCCAGCGCUUCGUUGAGUGUCGCCAACGUCGACAAGAUGACCGCUUCCGUACUGCCAAAAUUUCGGCCAGUCUGCGGGAACUGGUUCGGCAGUCAGUAAGAUCGGAAGGUGUCAGUAGCGGCACGGUGGGUCAGGAUAUUCCAGCCCUCAACUCGUACGCCCAGCAGGAAGUGCAGGCGGGCCGGUUGCUUUUCCAACAAUCUUUGAGGUAAGCACUUGUAUAUGUGCUGGGAUGUUGAAGAUUAUUAUGUAUAUACUAAAUUGUUGAUGGUAUAAUGUAAAUAAAUUGCGUUGACUUUGAAGAUAAA